AGUAAACAAUGCAAUGUCUGUCAAAGACCUGUCAGUCAGUGGUUCAUGAAAUACAUGACAACACAUCACUUGUCUUAACCAUUACCACAAUCACUGACCCAUUCAUCCACUCAUAUGAAUACCAAUUGAAUUGAUAUUUGAAGACAUUUUGAAGACUCAUUUGAGACAACGACGAGUCAAAUAUGGUUUAUGUAUUCAAAUGUAUUGACUGAUUGUGUGUGUAAUCUGUGGUGCAAUGAGUGCCACGACUGAAGAAUCUGAAGAUUCAAUGCUUUUUGAAUACAUCGGAAGAUGUGUUUGCUUUUUGUUUGCAUUUUAUUUCUGUUAUAAACUAUUGAAAGGCUUUUACACAACAUAUUUGGGAAAUGCUUUGGGUUUGGGAGUCGUGUGGAAACCAUCGCCGCAUACCUGGGCGGUCAUCACCGGAGCCACCGAUGGCAUAGGUCUUGAGUACGCGUCCCGAUUGGCUCGUAUGGGCUAUUGUCUGCUCAUUAUCAGCAGAAAUGACGACAAACUCCAGAAAGUGAGGGCAGAUCUGCUGAGCAAAAACCCGAAGUGUGCGGCCAUUAAGACACUGGCCGUGGAUUUCACGAAAUCAGACAUUUAUGAUAAGAUCCAAGAGGUGACGGACAGUCUGGAUGUGAUCGACGUGUUGGUCAAUAACGUGGGCAUGAGUUCCAAGACGUGUGAAUACUUCACGCGAAUUGAAAGACUCAAAGACUUCAUCCAUUCGAUCAUUAAUUGUAAUGUGUUUUCGAUGACGAAAAUGAUUUCAUUGGUUUUGCCCAAAAUGGUGGCCAAACGGCGGGGAAUUAUCAUCAGUUUGUCGUCGCUGUCGGCCACUAAUCCGGUCCCACUUCUGGCCGUCUAUUCUGCGUCCAAAGUCUACUGCGAUUAUCUCUCGCGAAGUCUUUACUACGAGUACAGAGACAAAGGUAUUAUAGUUCAGAGCGUUUUGCCCGGAUUUGUGUCCACAAACAUGUCGGCGAUGAGGCCUUCAUUCACGUGUCCGACGGCUGACCACUACGUGAGGGAAGCCAUCAAAACGGUUGGCAUCGAAAGCAGGACUUACGGCCAUUACGCCCACAAACUCUUGGGAUUACUUCAGGACAGCAUUAACUCUACUUUCGGGCAAUUUUUGAACACAAUUCUCGCGUUCAGACAUCUCUCGAAACUCAGAUCUCGUUAUUAUCUCAAACACAGACUUCGCGACGACUUCUAGUGUUUCUUUGAUUUUAUUUUUCAUUUUCAAUAUACCGAUAAUACCGUACAAUACCAUCAAAUACCGUAGUAGUCA